CACGUGCACAAGUCUGUACAAUUCUGCACCACGACAUUGUGUUCACCCGAGUUCAUGAGCUUUUGCUUCUGACGUGAGUUGACGCAACAUUGGUGUGUCACAAACUCGUCUGGAAAAGCCUUUCUUGAGCCUUCCUUCUCUCCCGUGGAAGCUGUUUACGGAAGUCUGGCCAGACGGGUCCCUCCGCCGCGGGUCGAGGACCAGGUGUCUGGACCAUACGUGGUCACUAUGGGUCAGGGUCAAUCUUUUGUUGCGCCAGUCCAAUGUGCACUACUGACUCAGUGGACCCGGAAUUUGGCGGACAUAGAAUGCCGAGGACCCGGAUGUAACGGGACCCUCACACCGCAAGAGCUAGCAGAGCGGAGCCGUCAUGAAGGAAGCCACUGAGGCAGACGAGCGUCGUAACGGGAGUCCAGGCAGCACGACGGGUACGUCCCUGGUGCCUCCGGUGGCCCUGCCACUCAACUCUCGUGGCUGCAGUCCACCACUUCCGGGCGCUGCUUCGUCGACGACGGGAGAGCUGGCCUUCCUGUCGAACCUUCUGCAGAGUGGUCGUCGUGAGCCCGCCCGGGACAAAGUGUUCCUGUGCAGUGUCUGUAACCGAUCCUUCGGCUACAAGCACGUCCUGCAGAACCACGAGCGGACACACACGGGUGAGAAGCCGUUUGAGUGUAAGGUCUGCCAGAAACGCUUCACCAGGGAUCACCAUCUCAAGACGCACAUGCGCCUCCAUACAGGGGAAAAGCCAUACCACUGCACGCACUGCGAGCGACAGUUCGUUCAGGUUGCAAACCUCCGGAGGCACCUCCGAGUGCAUACGGGCGAGCGCCCGUACGCCUGCGAGCUCUGCGACUCCAAGUUCUCAGACUCCAACCAGCUCAAGGCGCACAUGCUCAUACACAAGGGCGAGAAACCCUUCGAGUGCAAGCUCUGCCUGGGCCGGUUCCGGCGACGGCACCACCUCAUGCACCACAAGUGCCCCAAGGACGAAGCGAACGCCGGCAAGCCACGCAGGGGACGGCGACCGAAAGCCUACGACGACCUCAGUUACGACGUCGACGCACCUCCACCGCCAACGCCCCCUACCCCACCGACGGUGCAACCGCCUGCGGCCCACACGGGCUCUCUGGAGCCACCGAAGAGCCGGCGGAAACCUCGUCAUACCAUACGGAUUCUGACGCCUCAGCAGCGCGACCUGUUCCUCCAGGAACAAACGGAACCGUUGGACAUGUCUAUAUCCCCCACGCCAAUCCUUUUACCGUCGUCCGCCUACAGGUACCCCGUGCCAAUGGAUGGGGUACUCGACCUGUCUAGUUCACGAUCGGACUCUGAAGCGCCAGAGGAUGAGGACGACGACGACGGCCUUGCGUUAGAAGAAGAGUUGACGUCCGGGUCAGAGAUAGACUGUUUACGACCCCUCCCGCUCAGGGCGCUGCCCCCGAGCGACCGCGCGGAAAGCGACGCCAGUAACGACCCGAUGGCUCCAAGAGCUGAGGUCACGUCGGGGACGACACGGGUACACGCUCAGAGGUAUAGGAGAAUAUUUUUACAUGCCUCGCUCCAAUUGGUUCACGACUUUGAGGUCAGCCCAGGACAGGUCAAGAGAUGGACUAUGAGGCUGUCGCAUAGAACAAAAGGAAAUAUUACGGCGUCUGCCGACGAACAUCAGUUAGCCAUCAGUUAGCAUCAGCAUCAGCGCGGCUCCAGCUUUUGAGUCGCUCACUCGAGUAAUGUCCUUGAUUUGAACACGGAUUAUUUACCUACUUCGCACAGAACCUAAAGCAUUAAGGGCGAAUUGCGGUGUGAUUGCAUCACGAAAAUCAUCUCGUACCAAUGGUCGCGAGCCCGCUGUGACACCUAAUUAAGUGUGCCUCCAGAUUGCCCCCCUGAGCAAUUCUUCCACAAAGAUUCGGACGAAGUUAUUUUCGAAAACACUAGGCAUAAAACAAGUUGUCUAUCCCUUGGCUGUCCUGAAAGCAGACCAACUGACAGGGAAUGUUCAAAACAUCCCGUUUGAAGGGCGAGUGCGUACUAUUUUCUUGAAAACUCCCAGGUCUGUUACCUAUAUCGCACAUGCAUAUGUUGUGUGUAUAAGGCACACAGUUUUUCUCAACAGUUUGUGAUGUGCCCAUAGGUAACCGAUACCCGAUCAUUCCGAUCAUUACUUCCUUUCAAGGUAGCAUAUAUAUACAUCGCAUGACCCACACUUAACGUAACUGUAUUUCGCAGGAAACACCAUGGAACGGGUCCCAGGAGAAUCAAAGCUGUUUUGAAUGUACACGCUUGAAUAUCAAAACCGAUACCGAUAUAAUAGCCAGUUUCAGGAGUGCUCUGUAGUAAACAAACCCCCUAUUUAAGUGAGUAUUACUCGGGAGAAAGUGCUCGGGACAUUGUUGCGUUCUUCUAUAGUGGUUCAUGUUGGCAAGGUUUCCUUUAUCCGUCGCCCAAUCGUGUUGGUCAAUCGAGGUGCGAGUUCACUGGAUAGCAGGGCAGUUCCUAUGUUAAACUUUAUUAUUUUAAAAUUUAUCAAACAAAAAUGAUCAGCCUCAAAAAAAGGCUUCACAAAUAUGCAUAAUCAAAACGAUACCGUGACCGUCUUUGUAGAUAAAUUGAGGUAACUUUACCUUAAGCAAAAAAGUGAAUUUCCUAAUCGCGAAAGAAAUUUAAUGGCGACUUAAACACAGUGCGAUAAGUUAUACUGAUAAGAUUACAAAGCUCGUAAUCAAACCAAUCUUCGAGGCUACACAAAUACUCUAACUGUGGUGAAAUAAUCUACGAUAUCUAAUUAUUAAUUGUGGUAUGAUAUAUCUAACGUAAUCCUUAACCUAUUUUUUUCUCCAUCCGUUAUCGCAAUGCACUGAACUCCGGCACCUCAUAUACAUAUACAGGGCAGAUCGAAGCCAUACAACGCGUUGCAAAACCCUGUGCUGCAGCACCUUUUCUUCUUGGUAUGGUUAGAAAAGCCGUGUCUAUACAUAUAGGGUAUACGGCUCUUUCCAUUUUUCCCAACCUUGGCAGCUGUUUUGGCCAUACACGUUUUUGGAGCAUUCAAAGAGUACGAGAAUCAAACGGCGUCUCAAUAUCAAAAUAAAGUGCGGUAGGCAGCGUCCUCUGCACUGUUACUUGUACGGGUACAUAAAUAUAUACAUAUAUCUAUAUAUACACAUUCUCGAGACGCUUUCCGCUCCUCCUCUCUUCCCUUCGUCCUGUCUGCAUGUUGAAGGCGCGUGCGAACUGCCAUGCAGAACGUGCACUGCGAUGUGAUGUGAACUUGGUACGUAAGUAGGCACAGGGUUUUGCAAUGGGGACCAAAUAAGGAAGUCAGACUACAAAAGGCCUACGUGCUGCGCACAUGAACUUCUGGAAAAUGAACUUCUGCGUAUAUACAGCAUAUCCUCGUUAUAACGAAAUCGCUUUUCUUUUGUUUGGAUUCUUGUUACACCUAAAUUGAAGGGCUGCCAAGAUCAUCACCAAAGUCUUGUUUGCUUGCUUGAAUAUUACUUUUAAAGCUCUCCCUGAGCUUCAGCUCGCUUCCAAAGCCAGCGUCACUCUUGUGGCGCGUCGAAUUGGCGCUUAUAUCAAAUUUUUCCGGUGUCGUCGGCUUCGUUAUAACGAUGCGUUGCUGCAUACUUUUCCACGGUGUUGAAAAUCGGAAAGACAACCAGCUUUUGCCACGAAAUCAGGUCAUCCAGUAUACCUAUACUGAUGUGCAGAAAUAUCCACUUUUGAUUUCUCAUACAUAUGAUUGUCAAAAAAGGGUCGGGUAGAAAAUUACCAAGUCGUCGUUAUCCCACAUACCACAAGCAGUAUUAUGCAUUACAUGAACUGAGGCACGCGCAAAAGGGGUUCAUUUUAGCAUGGGUGCAUAAUACCACCUGAAAUCUAAGUUCCUAUGUGUCAUCAGUGUGUUGCAAUGCCAAAUUUCUUGUGUUUAUUAUCUUGGCGAUCCUCAAUCCUUUGUUUGCCCCCUUCGAUCUUUAUUUUUAUUUGAAAGCGUAUUAUUUUCUCCACUAUGGAUUCCUAUAGUAUACCCCUUUCUUCAAAAUGAAUUGUGUUCUUUGGUAAGCAAGGGAUGGAGUAUGAUACACGGGAUGUGAAUUCUUCAAUGGUGUACGGGUAAUGUGUGUGCUUCCAUACAAUGCAUAUAGGAAAGGGAAAAUUGAAGAACGAGGACGUGUGUGUGUUUCUUUGUAUCCUGAUUCCCGAAGGAUAUAAUCUUUUUGGUAAACUAGUAUUAAUGAGCACAUGAUCUCAAAGAAGUCAGAAAUGCUUCGAACCCCCUUCUUGCGCAAUACGGGUAUUUUUUAAAUCUCCUGUUAACAUUUGACGCGGAAGAGGCUUGAGACGUAUAUGGAGGAAAGAACGAGGAGACUUUUUUUUAUCGAAAUGUAAAGCUGAAUCAACGGGCCAGUCAUGUAACGUCGCCACUAUAGUUUUCCGGUUUCGCAGUUGUCUGCACUCCUUGGGUACAGCCUUUGGAUGUGCCUGGCGAAACAGCCCUGAAGGUGCCCACGUCGUCGUCUUCCCUCCAUGUUUGAAACGCUCAAGAUCAGACUCGCUAUAUCUCAGUUCUGUUACUUAGUCAGUAUUGCGAGGCUACUGUACUGCUCAAGGUACUCUCCGAGUAUCUAAUUCGUGUGCCAUGUUUUUUUUUCUCCCGAAAGUUUCGUGAGAUUUCAUGGCGCGAUCGUUGCGCUGCAGUGCUGACUUGGUAUAGCGCGGCAGCAUUGUUUUCAACUAUACAUGAUUGUGUGCUAUUCGCACUCUCUUCUGUAUUUUUCCCUUUACACUAAUGUUAAUUUUGUACAUAGAGCACGCGACGAAGUUAGCCUAGACUUUUAGGCGCAGGAAACGUGACUAAAAACCAGAAGAAACCUUUUUGUUUCGAAAUUACGAGAGAGAGAGAGAAAAAAAAAUCGAUUAUUUAUUUGUGUCGGUAUAAUGUGUCUUAAAUGUGUGUGUAUGUACUAUAGGCAGCCAAGAUUACACGUUUUUCCGGUGGGAGAUUUUUUGGGUUUCGUUUUCUGCUCUCUUUCUGUUCUCUUCCUCCUUGUUUUGUUUGUUUCUUCUUUCUAGUGUCCAAUGCAAGCGAAUCUUUACGGUAUAUUAAGAAAUGAGUGAACUGAGAGUGGUCAUACAUGAAGUUGAUGUCCAAAAUAAAGAGGAUUUGUUUGAA